AUGUUCGGCCGCCGUGUCUUUGCAAGCGCGCCGCUCCCGCGUUAUAUGUGGCCGAAGAUGCACAUUCAGAACGAGACCCAGGCGCGGCGCACGCUGCCCUCUUUUACUCCUCUUGCCGUGGCAGGCGGAACGCGCAGCAUCUUCUGCUCUGGGCUCGCCUUCAACGCGCUCUGCCGCAGCAGUGCGUCGCUUGGUGGAGAAGAGGGUCUAGUGAGCCCGGAUGGAAAGCUUGUCUCAGCCGAAGUCGCGGCUGCGUGCGCAGAGUGGUGCGCGCAGGCCCUUCGCACCACCAUAUUGCCAAUACACCACUUAGCAGCCAGCUCUCCGCAUUCCAAGUGUCUGACCUGGCAGACAAAAAAAAAAGUGACACUCUAA